AUGUCUAUAACCUCAAUAUCACAAAAAUUUAAUUGCAAAGAAGCAAAGUAUAUCUCUGCGUAUCUGGUAUCUCUAAAGUAGUGAUUAGUGAAUGUAGUGAAUCAAGUUGUCAAGUGAAUAAAUAUAGACAUAUAGAUGUCAAAAAUCAAUUAUUAAAAACAAGUAAAAUUUAAUUAACAAAAAAAAAACUAAACAGAUGUUUUGAUUGUGUCACAAGUGAUAAUAUACUUUAAAAAAUCAUGAAUAAUUCUAUAGAGUCAAUAACACGUUCCAUGGUGGAAAAUGUUCGAAUGCUCGAUAAAUAUAGUAAUAAUCAUUCAAUUGGAACUUUAUACAUUACUGUAACACAUAUUAUAUUUGUCGAUUCAAAUGGAAAAAAACAAAUUUGGGUUUUAAACACUCAUAUUGCAAGUGUUGAAAAAUUGCCAUUAUCUACGACUGGUUCACCACUUCUAAUUAAGUUCAAGAAUUUUUUUGUCGUUACUUUUAUCAUUGCCAAAGAACGAGAUUGUCAUGAAGUCUACCUCACUUUACUUAAACUCUCCUCACCAGCGAGAAUGGAGGAUCUUUACUGUUUCCACUAUAAAGAAUCAUGGCCUCAACACUUGGGCUGGAAUCUCUUUAAUAUACAAAGAGAAUUUCAACGUCAAGGCGCUCCAAAUGAUGAAUGGAGUAUUUCAUACUUAAACACAAAUUACGAGUUGUGUGAAACUUAUCCGCGCUGUUUAUUUGUACCAACCACGUGUACAACAAGCGUUUUGGUUGGCAGCGCAAAAUUUAGAAGUAAAGGCAGAUUACCAGUGUUAACCUAUCUGCAUAAAAAUAAGGCAGCGAUUUGUCGUUGUAGUCAACCGCUUUCUGGUUUUAAUGCUCGUUGUCCAGAGGACGAACAAAUGUUGUACAAUAUUCUUUGUACAAACACAAAUGCAAAGUACAUUUAUGUUGUGGAUACUCGACCAAGGAUAAAUGCAAUGGCCAAUAGAGCUGCUGGUAAAGGUUAUGAAAACGAAAAUUUCUACGAUAAUAUUAAAUUUAAAUUCUUUGGAAUAGAAAAUAUUCAUGUCAUGAGGGCGAGUCUUAGUAAAUUAAUUGAUUUACAAAAAAGCACGUCAAUGGGAUCGUUUUUAACGGGCCUGGAAAGCAGUGGAUGGUUAAAGCAUAUAAAAUCAAUUUUGGAGACUUCGUGGUUCAUUGCACAAGUUGUGUCUAACGGAAUAAGCGUUGUCGUACAUUGCAGCGAUGGAUGGGAUCGUACCGCUCAAGUUUGUUCCCUAGCCGCUUUACUUCUCGAUCCAUUUUACCGAAGUAUUCAAGGCUUUCAAAUUUUAAUUGAAAAAGAUUGGCUCUCAUUUGGCCACAAAUUCAACGAUCGUUGCGGUCAUAUUGUAAGCGACAGCAAAGAAUUGGCUCCAAUUUUCACACAAUUCAUCGAUUCCACUUAUCAAUUACUUCAACAAUAUCCAUACGCAUUUCAAUUUAACGAAACAUUUCUUUUAACUCUCCACGAUCAUGUUCACAGUUGUCAAUAUGGUACAUUCAUUGGUAAUUGUGAAAAGGAACGUCAAAAAUUUAAAAUCACCGAAAAAACCUACUCCUUCUCGGGCUAUGUUUCGAAACAUUUAAACGAAUACAUAAAUCCAUUUUAUCGACGAAAUGUAACGGAAAAAGAAAUGAAUGCCGUUCUUCAACCGAAACUUUCACCACAAUCAAUAACAUUGUGGCGUGGUUUUUAUUGUCGUUUUGAAAAUGGUGUUCAUCCACGUGAAACAUUUCAAGAUCAUUUACACACUAUUCACGAUAAUAAAAAUUCAAUUGAAGAUCACGUUAAACUACUUAUUAGACGAAUGAAUUCAUUGGGGAAAUUAUUUACAAUCAAUAAUGUUCCAAUGAAGGAUGAAAAUUUUAAACUUGAUAAAAAUUUAACAGAAUAUUUCUCUGAGAAAAUUAUUGAUAAUUUAGAGGAAGAUGAUGAUAAAUUACUUGACACAUUAAAGGCAAAUCAACUUGAAAAAGAAAUGAAAGCUGUCGCAUUGGAUUGGAAAUUUUCACGGAAUAUUAAUGAAUGCAUCUGUGCGGCUAGUUUCGACGUCUUUAAUAUAAAGUAUCACUGUUUUUCUUGCGGAAAUAUUUUCUGCAUAAAAUGUAUGGGAGAUGAAAAAGUACUAGCAGGUCAUGAAUCACAACGUCCAGUACCAACAUGUAAAGGAUGCUCUAGAAAAUCAACUGUUUCAACUCCUAUUAGAUCUUGAAUUUAUUUUUUUUUUAUUUCAUAUUUAUAAUUAUUUGUAAAUAUUUUUUAAACUUAAACGCUUUGUCGUAUCGACAAUUUCUACACUAAUUGUAUAAUAGAUGUUACAUACUCGUUUGUAUAUAUGAGAAAUAUAUUUAUUGUGAUUUGUA